UGGAGCUGGGGCCCACCCCGCAGCACAGUCGCCCCCUCCCCACCGGUCCAGACCUAAAGGCAUCAGCAUACCCCGACAUCACCUGGCCCCCAGGUCUUGCCCGUCCUUGCCACCCCUCCUUCUCUCCCUUCUGCGAGGUUCAUAGAGCAUCGCGUUUCGGGUCGCCCACCCAGUAAACCGCGCGCGCGCCUUACUGCCAUCAUGCGCUUCGCCAGCCACCUGCCACGGCAUGCCGACAUGAAGGCUCCGGCAUCGGGCUUGGACCCCAGGCUCCGGCCCGUCGAGAGGGUCACGGACAGCCUCGAGGUCCCGUCGCUGGACAACCGGACAUACCGCGUCAUCCGGCUCGAGAACAAGCUUGAGGUUCUGCUCGUCCACGAUCCCGACACGGAUAAGGCCAGCGCCGCCAUGGACGUCAACGUGGGCAACUUUAGCGACGAGGAUGACAUGCCGGGCAUGGCCCACGCUGUCGAGCAUCUUUUGUUCAUGGGGACCAAGAAGUAUCCCGUGGAAAAUGCCUACUCUCAGUAUCUCUCGGCGCAUUCGGGGAGCUCAAAUGCCUACACUGGCGCCACAUCGACCAACUACUUCUUCGACGUGGCUGGCAAGCCCAGCGAUGACGGCGAUGCAUCAGACACAAACCCAUCGCCAUUACACGGUGCUUUAGAUCGCUUCGCCCAGUUCUUCAUCGAGCCCCUAUUUCUCGCCUCCACCCUGGACCGCGAGCUCCGUGCUGUUGAUAGCGAGAACAAAAAGAACCUCCAGAACGACCAAUGGCGCUUCCACCAGCUCGAGAAAUCGCUGUCCAAUCCCAAGCACCCAUACCGCCACUUCUCGACAGGUAAUCUCGAUGUACUCAAGAUCCAGCCCGAGUCUCGCGGCAUAAACGUCCGGGACAAGUUCAUUGAGUUCUACAAUAAGCACUACUCGGCGAACCUCAUGAAGCUUGUUGUUCUCGGCAGGGAGCCGCUCGAUGUGCUGGAGAAAUGGGUCGCGGAUCUGUUCUCGGGCAUUCCCAACAAGGAUCUGCCGCCGGCGCGGUGGGAGGACGAGGUACCCUUCGGCCCCGAGCAGCUUGGUAUGCAAUGUUUCACAAAGCCCGUCAUGGAAACUCGGGAGCUCAACUUGUUCUUCCCCUUUUUCGACGAGGAACCCCUCUACGAAUCGCAGCCGAGUCGCUACAUCAGCCACCUGAUCGGGCACGAGGGCCCCGGAAGUAUCAUGUCGUACAUCAAAUCCAAGGGCUGGGCAAACAGUCUCACCGCCGGCCCGUACUCCGUGUGCCCGGGGUCUCCCAGUAUCUUUGACUGCCAGAUCCGACUCACUGAAGAGGGCUUGCAGAACUACAAGCAGGUCGUAAAGGUGUUCUUCCAGUACGUGUCGCUAUUGCGGGAGACACCUCCACACCAAUGGAUAUUCGAGGAGCAGAAGGGACUGGCGGAUGUCGACUUCAAAUUCAAGCAGAAGACGCCGGCAAGCAGAUUCACGAGCAAGAUCAGCUCCGUCAUGCAAAAGCCGCUACCUCGCGAAUGGCUUCUCAGUGGACACAGCCGCCUGCGCAAGUUUGAUCCCGAGCUGAUAAAGCAGGGUAUCGACCGCAUUCGCCCCGACAACUUCCGCAUGACGCUAGUGUCGCGUGACUUCCCAGGAGACUGGGACAGGAAGGAGAAGUGGUACGGGACCGAGUACAAGUACGAGAGGAUCCCCGACGACUUUAUGAACGAGAUCAAGCAGGCCGCCUCCAUCCCGUCCGACCAGAGGAUCAGCAGGCUGCACCUCCCGCACAGAAAUCAGUUCAUCCCUACGAAGCUCGAGGUGGAGAAGAAGGAGGUGGACCCCAAGGACCGGGCUAUCGCACCUCGCAUCAUCCGUAAGGACGAUCUCCUGUUGGGAUGGCACAAGAAAGAUGAUACUUUCUGGGUACCCAAGGCAAAUCUGAUUGUGAGCUGCAAAAGCCCCAUCAUCUUCGCGACGGCCCAGAACUCGGUCAAGGCGAGGCUCUACACAGAUCUUGUUAGGGACGCUCUGGAAGAGUACUCGUACGAUGCCGAGCUGGCUGGGUUGCAAUACAGCGUGUCCAUGGACACGCGAGGAUUGUCCAUCGAGGUGUCCGGCUACAACGACAAGCUGCCCGUGCUGCUGGAGCAGGUCCUGGUCACAAUGCGCGACUUGGAGAUCAAAGAGGACAGGUUUGAGAUCGUCAAGGAGCGCCUCAGCAGGGCCUACCGCAAUUGGGCAUUCCAACAGCCUUACCACCAACUUAGCGACUAUACGGGCUGGCUGACGUCGGAGAACGAUUUUGUGGUGGAGGAGCUCGUCGCAGAACUGCCCACCACCGAUGUCAGGGCGACGCAAGCGUUCAAGCAGGAGCUCCUCUCGCAGAUGCACAUGGAGGUCUAUGUGCAUGGGAAUUUCUACAAGGAGGACGUGCUGAGGUUGACGGACCUGAUCGAAACCACGCUCAAGCCCCGUGUCUUGCCCAGGGCGCAGUGGCCGAUUCUGCGGUCUCUCAUCUAUCCCCCGGGCUCCAACUACAGCUUUGAGAAGAUGCUCAAGGACCCGCAAAACGUCAAUCACGCCAUCGAAUAUCUGCUCUAUGUUGGUGAUAAGGCAGACCGCGGCAUCCGGGCCAAAACUUUGCUGCUAGACCAGAUCACCCAAGAGCCGGCAUUUGACCAGCUCCGCACCAAGGAGCAGCUGGGCUAUGUCGUCUUUUCGGGUGUCAGGGGCAGUGCGACCACGUACAGCUUUAGGUUUAUUAUCCAGAGCGAAAAGACCCCCCGCUUCCUUGAGUCUCGCAUUGAAGCCUUCUUGACCUCGUUCCGAAAGGUGUUGGAGGACAUGAGCGAUGCCGACUUUGAGAGCCAGAAACGGAGCCUGGUAAACAAGCGACUCGAAAAGCUCAAGAACCUGGACCAGGAAACCUCCCGGCACUGGAACCAGAUUCACACCCAGUACUAUGAUUUUGACUUUGCCCAGGAAGACGCCGCAGCGAUAAGGCAGCUGUCCAAAGCAGAUCUGGUUGAGUUUUUCCAACACUACAUCGACCCGACUUCGAAAUUCAGGGCCAAGCUCGUGGUGUACCUGGUUGCGCAGGCAAAGAGUGACGUAUCUACGGGACAGAUCUCAGAGCUGGUCAAGACGCUCAGUCUAGACGCGGAGCUUUCCAGGCAGGCAGCUACGGACCUUCAGGCGAGGUUAAGUGCGGCGCAUCACGACCACGCCAAGGAGGUGGAGGAGCUCAAGAGUUACCUCUUGAAAGAUCUGGGGGUGGCAGAGGACAAGAUUGCGGCGGCGACGGCGGCGUGGGAGAAGCUCUCAAAGGAGCACCGCACGAACGGGGUGUCGGAAGACGAGGGUGACUGCGAGAUCUCGUUCAACGGCACAACGGCAGUCGCUAUUGACGACGUGCGCGGCUUGAAGUGCCGGCUGCUUACUACUGGCGGCGCUUCACCUGUGCGGGACCUAAGCGAAUAUGAGGACUUCGACCCGAAGCUGUGAGGUAGCUGGCCACCGCCGAUAAUACCAUGUAACAAGGCCACCCGGAGGAUUGCCAACACCCGGAAACGGAGCGGAGGCCCGCGUUGAGGCCUAGGUCCCACCUUGACAUGACCAGUGUUGGACGUUUAGAUUCUAGGGCCCCUCCCGCGUAGGGUUGACGGGCAGCUAGCCCUACCAGACUUCCGGACACACGUUGACACCCCGGCGCCCUGAUAUCUACCCAUGUAGGCACGAACCUUGCUCAAGCAAACUGGGGGCAGCCGGAGAUGACGAUGAAGCUAGUUCUCUGACUGGCAUUUGGUUGGCCAAGUGGAGUGCGUGUGUGUGUGGCGUGGCCACCCAUGUACUGAGCCUGACUCCUAUCCAUGUUCUCCACUGGUAGCGGGUGAAGAAUAUCUAACUCAACUAUGUGAGAAGCCGAGUCUGUAGUUGCCUCAAGGCACAGCAUCGAUAUCUAUAUCUGCCUACCGACGAUCGACCACAUGCCUCGAGUUGCCUUUAGAGAGUGUUCAAGGUUGUGUUCCGUCUUGUUGGAAACAACUAUUGGCAUCCGCAUUAUCCGACCGUGUAGAUGUCUUGUAUUUCGUAUUUACUUUCAUACCAUGCUUCCAUGCCUGG